AAAUUAUAUAAUUAAUGACUCACGCACAUUUACAUGCAGCAGUGAGUUUAACUUGUUAUUAGAAGCUUAGCAUAACCUUGACAUUGAUGUGCUGAGACAGCGAGGAAACGCGGCAUCGCCGCUUGGUGCUCAAACGGUGCGCACCUGUUUUAUACGAACCGACCGAAUCUUGCUCUCAGUCAACCAGUAAUCAAAAUUCAAGGAGAAAAAUGAUCUCACUUAUAGGCAUCGUGGCGUUUUUGUUCAUAUUUUUAGAUGCCAAUUAUUUCAUAAGGAUCGCGUUUACCAUUCUUUUCGGGCGUGUCUUCCAGACGAAGAAAAAGCCGACUGACCAAACUGCUAUUUACGGAUUUUGUACGACUCAGGAUGUGGAUAUUUUUGUUCGGCACAUGAACAACGCUCGUUAUGUGAGGGAAAUGGAUUUUGCAAGGUUCCACUUUUACGACCGCACAGGGCUUUACGAAAGCAUUGUGGAAAACAAGGGCAAUGCUCUGCAGGGUGCUUGCAACAUUCGCUACCGCAGGACCAUACCGAUUUUUACCCCGUACAAAGUUGUUACUAAGUUAGCUGGAUGGGACGAGAAGUCCAUCUAUCUAGAGCAGCACUUUGUCACCUUAUCUGACGGCUUCAUAAGAGCAGUGGCGUUGAGCAAGCAAAACAUUGUUGGAGUUAAUGUAAACCAAAUGUUGAAAGACUACCCAAAGCCUCAGCAAACUCUCGACCUGACUCAGUGGUUGCAGAGCAUUGAGACUUCUAGCGAAAGACUGCGCAAAGAUAAAUAACCUCUUAUGUUGCUCAAUUUUCAUUUAUAUAGGUUGUUGAAAAAAUAAACACAUUUUGGGCUAAAA